AUGACACAGAUAGCACCGCAGCCACCACCUGGUGAUGCAGCGGGACCUCAUCCCAACCACAAAAUUCCUCCUGUUAAUGAACCUCAAGCCAAUGAGGAGGCCUUUAAUGAGAAGAGGCUCAUGAGGAUUCAGAUGCCCGCUGAGAUGGCCAAAGAGCAUAAGGCCUCUCUGGAGAACAAGGUGAGAUUCACCGCUACUCAACCAAUGCGACAACCCUUAAAACAGAGGGACAAAAGCAAGCAAUGCACUUAUCACAGGGAUUAUGGGUAUACAACCAAUGAUUGCAAAUCCCUUAGGCGACAGGUGGAAAACAUGAUCGUCAAAGGAGACUUAGUAGAUUAUCUCGUAUUGAACGAGUAUGAAAGGCCGAGGGAAGUAAUUCUUCAAAAAGUAGAAGGAAAUCAAGUAAAGGUUAUUCAUGCAAUACAUGAAAAGUUAGAGGAAGAUCAGGAGUCAGAAGAGGUUUACCGCUCUAGAUUGAGGGUUGUCCACAAGCUAAGAAAACUAUCCUCAGUGAACACCAUCACGUCAGGCAGCAUCAGCAUCGGAUUUGGGGAUGCAGAUUUAUCCAGAGUUCAGCUUCCCCAUGAAGAUCCACUUGUCAUCAGUCUUCUGGCAGUUUUUGAGCAGUUGGAGAUCCCAUCAUCAUCAAUUUGGCCCACCUCUAGUUCUUUGAUAGGGUUCGAUGGGACAGAGGUGGACCCCAUUGGGGUAAUCAAUUUAUCAGUCACUGCAGCGAAAAGGACAUUGAAAGAAAACUUUGUUCUGACAAAAAUCCAUCCUUCCUACAACCUCAUUAUGGGAAGAGGUGGGAUCCACCGAAUGAAUGGAGUCCCGUUUAUCCUCCAUCAGGUGAUGCGAUGCUUGUCUCUAGAUGGAAAAGAAGUCAUUAAUCUUUGGGGAGAUCAAGUUGCUGCAAAAGAAUGUUACAUGCUGAUAUUGAAUGAAGCAAAGAAGGGGAUUAAGCUGUCCAAACCAGAUGUGGUCCUCGAAGAUACUUCUAAAUAG